CACAGGCACGGACCCAGGGACUACUCCCCCUGCACAGAUAUGAGACCAUAGGGGACCUGUCUGGGUGGCCUCAGAGACAGGCACUCAAGGUGUGAAUGAGGCAAGAUGAACUGGGCGGGUCUGUACACCUUGCUCAGUGGUGUGAACCGGCACUCCACCGCCAUUGGCCGGGUGUGGCUCUCGGUCAUCUUCAUCUUCCGAAUCAUGGUGCUGGUGGUGGCUGCAGAGAGUGUGUGGGGGGACGAAAAGUCUUCCUUCAUCUGCAACACCCUCCAGCCUGGCUGUAACAGCGUCUGCUAUGACCAUUUUUUCCCUAUUUCCCAUGUUCGCCUGUGGUCUCUGCAGCUCAUCCUGGUUUCCACGCCCGCUCUCCUUGUGGCUAUGCACGUGGCUCACCAGCAGCACCUAGAGAAGAAAAUGCUACGGCGUGAGGGCCACGGGGACCCUCUCCACCUGGAGGAGGUGAAGAGGCACAAGGUCCACAUCUCAGGGACACUGUGGUGGACCUAUGUCAUCAGCGUAGUCUUCCGGCUGCUGUUCGAGGCCGUCUUCAUGUACGUCUUUUAUUUACUCUACCCCGGCUACGCCAUGGUACGACUGGUCAAGUGCGAGGCCUACCCCUGCCCCAACACCGUGGAUUGCUUUGUGUCCCGCCCCACAGAGAAAACGGUCUUCACCGUUUUUAUGCUAGCCGCCUCGGGCAUCUGCAUCAUCCUCAAUGUGGCUGAGGUGGUAUACCUCAUCAUCCGGGCCUGCGCUCGCCGAGCCCAGCACCACUCCAAUCCGCCCUCCCGAAAGGGCUCAGGCUUUGGCCACCGCUUCUCACCGGAAUACAAGCAGAACGAGAUCAACAAGCUGCUGAGCGAGCAGGAUGGCUCCCUGAAAGACAUACUGCGCCGCAGCCCCGGCACUGGUGCCGGCCUGGCCGAGAAGAGUGACCGCUGCUCAGCCUGCUGAUGCCACAUACCAGGCAACGUCCCAGGCCGCCCCCACCCUAUCCUGGGCCUGUUCCUCCUUCCCCCCUGCUGCUAUGCAGGCCUCUGCCUGCUAGGAAACCCUGGAUCAAAACCUUUCCUCCCUCCCACUCUGCCUUCCUCCAGGGCCUUCCUUCUGAGUGACCUCGGAGGGAGGAAGCCGGAAGUCACAGAAUCCAGUCCUCCGGGUUAAUAGGGGAUGCAGGGUAGGCAUGGGCAACUCUUUCGGCCAGUCCCCCCACCCCUUACUCUUCCCUUUCCCUCUCCCGGAGACCACUGGGGACAAGAGAUGAGAUGGUGUGACAGUAGCUCCAAUUAUGAAACUAAUCUUAACCCUGUACUGUCAGAUACUCUAUUUUUCAGUCACAUCAGUGGGGAGGGAUAUGGGCAAGUGAAGUGAAGACAGGUAUGCUGUGGGCCUAUGGAAGAAGGGAAGGUAAGGACAAGAGAAAAAAAAACCCAACAAAACCCUGUGCUGGAUGGCAGCGUCUGAAGCGGGGGAGUUAGGAAAGGAGAAGCAGGCAGAUAAGUUGGUGGUUGGGAAGGGCUGCCUUUGCCUUUAGUCCCCAAGGCCUCUCGCUCUCUGCCUGGAAUGUUACACAUUAAACAGGAUUUUACAGUAAA